GAAUGGAAUGAUAUCAGCUUGGAUUGUUCUCGUGUUGCCCCUCUCUUCUUCUCUUUCUUUAAUUUUCCUCAACCCAACUAAUAAGCUAUACGGAGUCGUCGUACCCAGUGGGAUAAAUGAUGAUACUAUAUUAGAGGCAAAAGUAAUUUAUAAUACUAGGCAAGUUAUAAUGACCGAGCCCCGAAAAAAGAAAAAGAAAAAAGAAAAAAGGGCCAGUGCCCAACUCCUAAAGUACAGCAGAGAAACUAAACUCAAAAGGAUGUCGGCAGAAGAUUCCUAAGGAUAUGCUUCUGCAGUAAGCUCAUUUGCUGAUCUCCACCCUCCUCGAUCCGAUUUGGGUUCGAACUGGCGUCGUUUCAGUCAUGUUUUUGGCUAGCCGGGGUCAGCCGAGAGACUUUCGGAGUCGUUUCCUGCCCAUGGGUCGACCCUGAAGGUGGGAUGCGAAUGAAAUGGAUUUCGGUGUGGGUGUCGGUGCGACGCCCAUGAUUGGGAAGCAUCGAGUGUCGAUCGGGGUGUCGCUGGUGUCGCGAAGCAUUCUGCUUCGGGGAGGCGAAUGGGAGUUGGGAACGAAGUCCUGGAUGAAGCGGUACCUGGAAUCUGG